AUUCAUAUAUGUAUGGAGCUACGUACCUAGCUAGCAACCAAAAAAAUUACUAUCAUCAGAAAGAUGAGUUCAUCAUCAUCAUCAUGGAAUAGAUAUAGUCACCAGCAGGUGACGAUCGUGAUGGUGGUGGUGGUGGCGGCGGUCUUGUCAGUGAUGUCGCCCGGAGUUCCGACCACGUCGGCUGCCGUAACUGGGAUUUGCAACGGCGAGUCGUUCCCCGACGACGAUGCGCGGAUCUCCUGUAGUUUCGCUCUGCUGGAUUUGUUGAUUGGGGACACCCCCGUGAAGAAGGGUGGGUGGUACAAUAGCCAGGACUGCUCCGAUGGCAGCAUUCUCUACGGUUUCAGGUUUGCAGAUGAAGGGGAUGGGUCGGGCGGGUGCCUUCACGAGGUCAAGAAUUACAUCGCCUACCGGGAUUGCUACCACCGCAUGGGAGCUCAGGGAUGGUCCGCGGGAUGUUACAUGAGGUUUGAGACUCACGGAUUUAUAAUUGGAGAAUUGGUGGGAUUGUCUAAUUAAUUAACCCAUGCAUGAAUUAACCGCCAUCAACUUGUGGUACGUACGCUAUUAUAAUUAAUUCUCAAAAUUUCUUAUGCUUUGAUUUGAUCCUCUUGGUAUGUUAUGUUGGCUAGCAGCUGUACAAGUACGGCCUAUGAUUUAGCUAGCCAUUAUUAGAAUUUAAAGAGUAAUACCAUGAGGGUGCAUAAAAAUUACCAUGUAUACUUUUUAUACCUUUAUUUUCUUCCUUUCAGUCCAUAAUAAGCACGGUCAUGUGAU